AUGUAUACCUUUGAUUUUAAAUUAGGUCCUGGCUCAUUUAUAGGAGAAGCUUAUCUUUAUUUAGGUCGUGACGGAGAUCGAAGAUUCCAUUUUGAUUAUCAAAAAUUUGAUGUUCCUCUUCAAGACCUUCGACAUACGACCGAGAAACCGACAUUGAAAGAUCAUGGAUUUACCUUUGUCACCGACAGGCAUGUUAAAGGACUCAAUCCGUCGAACCAUUUCUCACAUCGAAAUAGAGCUGCCUUAGAAGCUGAUUCAGUUGAACUUGUGAAAAAGCUGACAGGUGCGAAACGGGCCUUUGCCUUUACAAGUAGUUUUAGAGAUCAUAGACUUCAUGGGCCCGGACCCAACCCAGCGAUCCACUCUGACUUUUCAUUGAAAGGUGCUACAUGGAUCAAAGAAAAGGUAAAACGUGACUUGGCCAAUUCAGGUGACCCAAGUAAAAUUGAUUUUGCAGCGGGCAUGAUGGGAGGGGCAGACGUGGUGAUUUUGAAAGUUUGGAGACCUAUCAUUCCGGUCAGACGCAAUCAUCUUGGUAUCUGCAAAUGGGAUUCGAUCUUAGAGGAAGACGCUCCGAAAUGGAAAAUCGUACCAACAGAUUAUGAUAAUGCAGUCCAACCAUGGAAGUAUAGAAACGGUCAACAAUGGUACUUCUUAAGUUACCAACAACCACAUGAAGUUUUCGUAAUGAUGCAACACGACAGUAGUGCAGUUGAUCAUCAUGGAAUCAACGUUCCUCAUGCAGCCUUCAAUCUCAAAGGUCACCGAAGUGAAUUACCAAGACCGAGUUAUGAAACCAAAGUCAUUGCAAUCAUCAAUGAAUCACCCCCCAGUUUCAGGGAACAAAUCAGAUCAUCUUUAUCUUUGUCCAAAAUCUCGACGAAACUUUAUCCAGGUUCUCUCGAAAAUUAA